AGUGAAGUUAUCAACCAAUUUUGGGUGAGGAAACCUCGAGUAUCCAGAAUGUGUCUCCCUCCUAGUUUUAAGUGCAAUGCACACGGUAUGCAGGACUUACUGUUCUCAACGUCCAACUUCUUUAAGAUUAAAGUUGGUGGCGCACUUGGGGCCGUGAAACGCAGCCGCAGUGUUCCCAGCGGUCCCUCGUCGGCUUGCCCGAGGCGGAUUACCCGAAGAGUUGGUGGCGCACUUGGGGCCGUGAAACGCAGCCGCAGUGUUCCCAGCGGUCCCUCGUCGGCUUGCCCGAGGCGGAUUACCCGAAGCGACGCUCGGUCUAGUUUCGGUGGCGCUCGGUCCAUUCCGGAGCAGCCACCUCACCAGAACGGCACUGCAGUAGGGGUAGGUUGGAAUUCAGAGCACGAGUCGGUGCGCAUCAUUCCUUUCUGCAUUCUGAUGUCUUCGCCUGCACCAAAGCAGGCUGUCCCUGCCAGGCGCAUCAUGCCCCUCGAGAGCUCACUGUGCGGCGAGGUGGCGGCAUCGUCAGCGGCGCCGCGUGUUCCACGUGGCAAGCGUGGAGGGCAGCAGGCACUCCACUGUGCAGUCUGCGAGAAGGAGUUCCGAUUCAAGAGUAUCCUCCGGCAGCACUUACGGGUCCACACCGGGGAGAAGCCUUUCGAGUGCACGUUCUGCCAGAAGAAGUUUCCUCGAAAGGGUCAGCUAGCAACGCACCUUCGGAUCCACACCGGGGAGAAGCCUUUCGAGUGCAUGUUCUGCGAAGAGAUGUUUGUUCAAAAGGCACACCUAACAACGCACCUCCGAACCCACAUCAAGGUUAAACCGUUUGAGUGCGCAGUUUGCCAGAAGAAGUUUACUCGAAAUGGGAGUCUGAAGUUGCACCUUCGGACCCACACCGGGGAGAAGCCUUUCGAGUGCACGUUCUGCGAGAAAAAGUUUGCUCAAAGUGGACAACUAACAUUGCACCUACAGACCCACACCGGGGUGAAGCCUUUCGAGUGUGUGAUUUGCGAGAAGAGGUUCACGCGAGGUGAAAGUCUGAGGACGCACCUUCGCACUCACACUGAGGAGAAGCCGUUCGAGUGCACAGUGUGCAAGAAGAGUUUCUCUGCCAGUAGCGCUCUAGGAAUGCACCAGCGGACCCACACUGGGGAGAAGCCUUACGAGUGCACCGUUUGCAAAAACAAGUUUACUGCAAGUUCGAGUUUGAGAACGCACCUUCGCACUCACACCGGGGUGAAGCCUUAAGAGUGCACAGUUUACAAGAGGAGUUUCAGGAAAAGUGGACGUAUUAGAACGCACCUACGGACCCACACCGUAGAGAAGCCUUUCGAGUGCGUGGUUUGCAAGAAAAAGUUCGCUUUACGUGAAAACCUUGAGAAGCACUGUCGUUCCCACAUGUGCAUGUGCAUGGUCAGCAAGAAGUGUAACGGGAAGAACACCAAAGAAAGCGCCUCCGGACAUUGUGGGGAGAAGCAGUACGAGUGCUUUCGGAUUCCAUUCCCAUAGAAGUUUGUGUUUCUUUCUAGUCCUUAUAAUAUUAAGUAGAUAUUCGUCAUGAGUUUUCAGUUUUUCUGAGCAAAUUAAGUGUUUUUAAUCGACGAUUUGCAUUUGCGCGGUAUUGCAGCUUGACGACUACAAUUUGUCGAAUGAAUCCAUCUUGAACCUCUUCGAUGUUCCAAUUCUUGCCGUUAUUAUUCUUGUCGUAAUUCGCUUAACCCCGGCAAUUUUGUGCCCUUUUUUGACUUUCCGGUUUAUUUCUGUGACCCUUAAUGCUUGUAUUUUAGGGUUGUUUCUCAGUCGAAACAAAUCAGAAAUCCAAGAUAGCAUACGAAAUUUUCUAGAGGAACCAACAGGCUUUCCUUCUGUAGUCCGUAUUUAUUGAUCUUUGGUCCUUGUGUUACGUCUUAGUUUAAUGCAGUCUUUAAAAUAUUCUUACUCUGUCUCAACUCGCUGAUGUUCCCUUCCACCGAAGCGUGGAAAUUAGUUACACGUUCGUACAUUUAAUUUGUGAAACAUGUCUCCGAAUUAAAAUACUAAAAAGUAUCGUGUCGUGAACUGCUGUAAACAUUUUCUUGUACAACAUUUACCAACGAAUA